AUGUUCGAUGCCGUGCUAGAUUUUCUUGAAGGCGAAUGUCAGGACGUCGGGAUCGGUUUUUGCUUGAAGACUACUGGCCAACGGAUUGCCAGCCGGAACUUUGUCGACAAUUUCGUUUUGUUCGCGGACGGUUUGGACCUGGCACGAUUCAUGAUUUCAGCGGUCACGACGCUAAUUCGCAGCAGGUGCGGCUGGUCAUUGAAACCCGACUCCUUCGAGCUCCUCAUGGAGAAGCUGAAUCCCGGCAGCGGGCAUCGGGAGGUUGAAAAUGGAACUGAGACCUUCCGGUAUGCCAUUCGCUCUUCUCUUGUUGCCCUAGGUGGUCACAUUGUUUCGGAUAGCCCUGUACAAUCACUCAUGCAGUGCAGAUUCUCUGCAGGCGAGAAGGCGUUCUACAAAUGCAUCCAGCAUUUUACAGGCAAGGCGCCCGUGACCUUGAAAUUGAGCGCUUUCGGGGCGGUUCCCGGGGCAGUGGCUUGUUUUCUGUGCCCCAUAGUGCCUUGCACGGGAUCGUUUUUUUGGACGCUGUUUGUUGGGAGCGGAAACUGCUUCGUAUUGCGUUUCGCCUCAAGCCUUCGCCGGGCGAAGGACGUAUGCAAUAUUUCAAGAGAGCGGCUACGCGGCUGGAGCAGUGGAUGCAGCACUGUAGGUAUAAGCAUAUUCAUGUAG